CGUGCGUGAGCUCACUGCCUGUAAUCGCCUCCUCCCUGCUUCUCUUACUAAAUACUCAAGCUUUCGGACACACUUCACACUUUUACGCACGUCGUACAGUGAUAUCAGAGAGUCUAAAGGAAGCAGCAGGGGUCGAUAUGAAGCUGGUGGUCUUCCUCUUCCUCCUCCUCCAGGUGACCGGAACUGCAGACAGCAGGUGUUUCUGUCAGGUCACAGGUGACCUGGACGACUGCGCCUGUGAUGUGGAAACCAUCGACGGCUUCAACAACGACCAACUUUUCCCAAAACUUCAAACUCUUCUGGAGUCUGACUACUUCAGGUUUUACAAGGUGAACCUGAAUAAGCCGUGUCCGUUCUGGACGGACUUGAACCAGUGCGGUCAGAAGCUCUGUGCUGUGCAGCCCUGCUCUCCUAACGAGGUGCCAGAGGGACUCCGAUCCUCCUCACACAACAAGUAUUCAGCUGAAGCAAACGAGCAGCCGGAUGAGUGUGAGAAGGCCGAGCACCUCGGAGCUGUAGACGUCUCUUUAAGCGCUGAGACCAGAGAGGCUCUACAGGAUUGGAGCAAACACGAUGACGAGGCCGAGCGCUUCUGUGUGGUUGACGACGAGCAGUCACCAGACUCCCAGUACGUGGACCUGCUGCUGAACCCGGAGCGCUUCACAGGCUACAAGGGACCAGAGGCCUGGCAGAUCUGGAACAGCAUCUACGAGGAGAACUGCUUCAAACCGUACAGUAUUAAACGACCACUACAUCCCAGUGUCUUCCAGAGCAGCGCAGGAAGUGAUGGAGGGGCUUUCUACAGCUGGCUGGAAGGUCAGUGUGUAGAGAAGAGAGCUUUCUACCGGCUCGUCUCCGGCCUCCACGCCAGCAUCAACAUACAUCUGAGUGCCAGAUACCUCCUGGAGGACAGCUGGUUUCAGAGGAAGUGGGGUCACAACAUGUCAGAGUUCAUGCAGCGUUUCGACUCGGAGCUGACGGACGGCGAGGGUCCCAAGAGGCUCCGUAACCUCUACUUCCUGUACCUGAUCGAACUGCGAGCGAUGGCCAAAGUGCUGCCGUUCUUCCAGCAGCCGUCGUUCCAGCUGUACACCGGCCGACCGGAGGAGGACCGGAAACACAAAGAGAUGCUGCUGGAGAUCCUGGAGCUGAGCAGAUCUUUCCCUCUGCACUUUGAUGAGACGUCUUUGUUUGGUGGGAAUGAAAAAGAAGCAGCCAAACUGAAGGAGGACAUCAGACUGGCCUUCCUCAACAUCUCCAGGAUCAUGGACUGUGUUGGCUGCUUCAAAUGUCGACUGUGGGGGAAACUGCAGACUCAGGGAUUAGGCACGGCGUUAAAGAUCUUGUUUUCAGAGCGACAGAUUGAAGCUUUGCCCACAUCCAGCGCCCAGCGACCCAGUUUCCAGCUCAGCCGGCAGGAAGUCGUCUCACUGUUCAACGCCUUCGGAAGGGUUUCCAACAGCAUCCGGGAGCUGAAGAACUUCAGAUCGCUGCUGGCGGAGGAGCGGUGACGGCGACGGUGAUGAGAGGAGUCAUCUGUCAACUCUUU